AACGAAAUGGGCGAUUCAGAUGACGAAUAUGACCGCAAACGCCGCGACAAGUUCCGCGGAGAGCGCAGCGCUGGUGGUGGUGGAGGAGAUAGCUAUGGCCGCGGAGCUGACCGACCAGAUCGUUCGCGAGGCAGAGAUGAUUGGCCCGAUCGAGUGCGACCACGGCAAGACUACCGAGACUACAGACCUCCACCUAGAGAUCGCGGCUAUUCUCCAGCCCGGGAAGGUCCCACGGUAAAACGUAUGCGUGGCGAUGCAUGGGGCGACGAAGGCCGACACAGAUUUGGAGGUCACGACAGCUACGGUAUGUAUGGGUAUGCACAUGAACAUUUCGGGAUGCAUCCGGCCGUCGGACCUUACGGCCAUCAACCAGCAUCCCAUCCGAGAGAACCAGCCGCAUCAGGAGAUAUGCAAACACAACCCUGCAUGAUGACGCUGAAACAGUUUCUUGCCACGCAGGACGAUUCGAUUUCCGAUUCGGACGCAAUUACUAAGUACAAUGAGUACAAACUGGAGUUCCGCCGUCAACAGAUGAACGAGUUCUUCGUGGCACACAAGGACGAAGAAUGGUUUAAGAUCAAGUACCAUCCGGAGGAAUCGCAAAAACGCAAGGAAGAACAAUUAUCUUUCCUAAAGCAUCGAUGUGAAGUAUUUUUAGAGCUGCUAAACUCUAAAGAUAUCGCGAAAGUGUCUGUCGAUGCUUCGAACAGUGAUGCAUUGCUUCGUUUGCUGGACACGGUAGUCAUCAAACUGGAGGGCGGAACAGAGGAAGACCUUAAGGUCCUUGAUGAAAAACCUCCGGCAGUUGAACCGACGGCAACCGUGAAGGCAGUGGUAGUAGGAUCACAAAAUGCGGACAAACUUAAAGCUGAAUCAAAAGCUGAUUUGCCGCCGAAAGAAGUGGUCGUAAAGAAGGAAGAUGAUGGUACAAAGCAAGAGAGUGCCACUGAAGAACGAUCUGGCAGUAGCCAACCGGACGAAGAAAUGCCAAGGAAUGGCAAAUCAGUCGAGAAUCAAAACGAUGAUGAUGAUGAAGAGAAUCGCGAAAAGGACUGUUCAGAUGAGCCGCGGAUAACCGAACGAGAUGGUGACGAUGGGGAAAAUGAGGAUCAGCAGCAGCAGAAAAAUGAAUCCGAAGAUGGUAGAAAGAAGCGCAGCCGUUCCGAUUCAGGCUCAAGUUCAUCGUCCUCGUCUUCCUCGUCAUCGAGCGACUCGGAAGAAGAAAAAGACGAUAGCAAGGAGGACAAAAAUGAGGAAGAAAAUGCUAAAAUGCAGGAUGAAGCGAAAAUGGAAACGGAUGCCGCAGACGAAGGCAAGGAAGAAAAGGCAGAAAAGCAUGAAGAUGAAAACAUGGCGGAGGAAGGCGAUAAUGAGGAUAGUUCAAGCAAAAGUAAAGACCGUUCCGAAUCGGAGGAAAAUGCAAAGGAAGUUUCCGAUGCUGCCGCCGAUGGCGAUAACGAUCAGAAGAAAGCGGAAGCUGGAAAGGUGCAAAAAGACAACGAGGUAGAUAAUCAGCAGAAAUCUGAAACCAUCGAUUUGGUUAAAGAUUCUGCCGACAAUGGGUCGCGUGCACUGCAUCGUACGAGCUCAAUCUUUCUGCGGAAUUUAGCUCCAUCCAUCACGAAGGCCGAGGUAGAAGCUAUGUGCCGUCGUUACAACGGAUUCCUUCGUGUAGCGAUUGCGGAUCCGUUGCUCGAAAGACGCUGGUUCCGGCGCGGUUGGGUUACUUUCAAGCGUGAAGUAAACAUCAAGGAGAUCUGCUGGAACCUGAACAACAUUCGUCUACGGGACUGCGAGCUGGGUGCGAUAGUGAACAAGGAUUUAAGCCGUCGGGUACGUCCGGUGAAUGGGAUCACCUGUCACAAAACGGUUGUACGUAGCGAUAUUAAACUUGGCGCUAAGAUAGCUCACAACCUGGACGACAAGUGGGGACUGUGGAAGGAAAGUCCAUCCACCACAGGAGACGCGGCCAACAAUGGAGGCAGUACCAUGCAGCAGGAAGAAUCGUUCGGUCUGCAAUCAAAAAAUCCAGUACUGCAAAACAUUACCGACUAUUUGAUUGAGGAGGCAUCGGCCGAAGAGGAGGAACUGCUAGGUUUAACCGAAGACAGCAAGAAAGUGACGGAGGGCGAAUUAAUCGAGCGUGAUCCUCAGCUGAUUGAGGUGCUCGAUCGGCUGAUCCUGUAUUUACGCAUUGUGCAUUCGGUGGAUUUCUACAAUCACUGCGAAUAUCCGUACGAGGACGAAAUGCCCAACCGGUGCGGAAUUAUUCACGCACGCGGUCCACCCUCCCAGAGCAAGGUGAUGGGCAAUGAAAUUCAGGAAUAUAUACGCACAUUCGAAGGUAAAAUGGCUUCCUUCCUUACGCGGAUGGUUGAUUUGGACGAGGCCGAGAUGAAAAAGCUCGGUGCAAAGGAUGCCGAGGCCGAGGUGGAAAAGUUCAUCACCGCCAACACUCAGGAGCUGGCGAAGGAUAAGUGGUUGUGUCCGCUGUCGGGGAAAAAGUUUAAGGGACCCGAUUUCGUUCGAAAACACAUAUUCAACAAGCAUGCUGAAAAGGUCGAAGAAGUGCGUAAGGAGGUGGAAUACUUUAACAACUAUCUGAAAGAUUCCAAACGACCGCAGUUGCCAGAACAUCCGGGCAACACGAAAAAGACAGGAUCGGAGAGCACAGCGUCUGUUCCGUCUGCUGCUGCAACCGGAUCGAGCUAUCGCAGUCAACCGUUCGGGAUGUCUCACAGCUAUGCACCGAUGUACGCUGCCUAUGCUGCAGCACCAAUGAUGGCUCCAAAUCCCCGGGGACGGGCAGGAUUUGGUCGAGGAGGAAGAGACACGGCGGUGGACCCUCGACGACCGAUCAUAGCGUAUAGUGACUUAGAUAUGCCGAAUUUCAAUGAUAGUUUCUUCUAA